AUGGUACUUAGGCUCAAAUCCGCUUUCCACACUAUCACUCCCGAACGACGCUCUAUCAUCCGGCAUCUCACAUCACGACUUGAGCUUCUCGACGUUCUGUGCCAGCGAAGUUUGGAGCGCCCAGUGGACAAGGCGACAAUCAAAGUCCGUCCGUCAACAGGAUUCAAACCGAUUGACCCCACGAGUGCACUGCUGACGAUCGCAAUUGCAGGAAAUCCUCUCCCAUUCCCCAUCGAAGCGAACGAGACGCGCCGCAGCGAAACGACCACCUUCACCAUGUACCCCGGCCCCAAGCCCCCGACGCCUCACGUCCCCGGCGUCUACCGCUUCACGGCAACUGCCCUGGGCGCCGGCAUGUGGUUCUUCCUGAUGUACCGCGCGAAGAAGGAUGGACCUGUGUUGUUGGGCUGGAAGCACCCUUGGGACCACUGA